GGCCUAGAUAUAAAUACAUUAUAAGCUGGUUCUCUGUCUUCCAGAUGCAAAUGCUUUAUUGAUUGUUGUAACUGAACUUCAGUUUGAUUAACGCUAAAUGACGAAGGAUAAGACAUGAGAUAAAUUAGUCACAAAACACACAGAAAAAAGGAAACAGCAGCCAAUGGUUUCACGGCUGGGAAAAGAACAGCAAAUGACGUGUGAGAUCAACUUUGUCCCUUUUGUUUACCUAAAACAUGUUACUCAUCCCCUCUUGGCUGGGUCCUGUCCUGCUGAGUAGGAGGAUCACAUAUUGUUCUAGUAUUAAGGCAGAGCAGGUAGAUGCACACAGGAAGAGGGAAAACAUGGUUUUUAUGACUCUGCUCUGUCUGCUGUUACUGCGGCCUGGCUUCUGCGCUCUAAUGACAUCUCCAUUGGACGAGGUAGGUGGAAAGCUGCGGGUGAACAGAAGCAUUGCGGUUAGUGAUUCCACUGCUCAGGACUUCUGCAAACUAACUCAACACUACUCCAGUCAAAAGGACAUCGCUGUCUAUCCUGGUUCUUCUUCUGAUGACUCAGUGAGCAGCCGGCUGCGUCGCUCAUCUCUAAUACCUGACAUCACACAUCUGGAACUACUGGUUGUGGUAGGACCUGACGUCUACCAGGUCCACAAGCAGGACACAGAAAGAUACAUCCUUACCAACCUCAACAUUGCCUCAGAGCUGCUGAGAGACAUGACCCUGGGCGCCAACAUGCGGGUGCACCUGGUCCGCAUGAUCAUCCUGUCAGAGCCAGAGCCAGAGAUCCAAAUGUCUACCAACAUCACCUCUUCUCUUAAAAGUGUGUGUAACUGGGGCAAAAGAAUAAACCCCUCAAAUGAUACGGACCCACUCCACGCUGAUCUUCUGCUGUACAUUACAAGGUAUGACCUGGUGUUACCGGAUGGAAACAAGCAGGUCAGAGGUGUAGCGCAGCUGGGUGGGGCAUGCUCAAGUGAAUGGAGUUGUGUGAUCACAGAGGAUACAGGCUUCGACCUUGGGAUUACCAUUGCUCAUGAAAUUGGCCACAGCUUUGGGAUCAACCAUGACGGAGUCGGAAACACCUGCAGCAGGAGUGGGUUCAUGAUGGCCUCUGAUGGAGGCUACAACAGUGUGGAUCUGACCUGGUCUCCGUGCAGCAGACAGCAGCUGCUCACAUUCUUCAGUAAAGGAAAAGCUGAAUGUGUAAAAGACCUGCCUGCACUAGGAGGGACCCUACAGGACUGGAAGCCUGGUCUAUACUAUGGAGUUGAUGACCAGUGUCGAAUAGCUUUUGGUAAAACUGCAAGAGCCUGCACUUUCACCAAUCCAGAUUUGCCUGCAUGCCGUGUUCUUUCCUGUCACAUUAAUCCUGAUGAUGACAGCUCUUGCAAACGUCUCUUGGUUCCACUGUUGGAUGGGACAGAGUGUGGACCUAAUGAGUGGUGUUUGAAGGGGCGUUGUGUGUCCCCAGAUGAGUUGGGGUCUUCUGUUGUGGUACAUGGUUCUUGGUCCAGCUGGUCUGAGUUCUCCCCAUGCUCACGUACAUGUGGUGGAGGCAUCACUCAUCGCACAAGGCAAUGCAACAACCCUAGACCUGCUUUUGGAGGGGAUGAAUGUGUGGGUCUGGAUAUUCAGGCUGAACUUUGUCACCAGCAGUCAUGUGAGCGCACCCAGCUGGAUUUCAUGGCAGAGCAGUGCUCCCAAACAGACCUCCACCCACUCUACCUGCUGCCAAACACAGCUUCUUUUUACACCUGGAUCCCCGCUGUGGGUUUCGCACAAGGGGAUGAGCAGUGCAGAUACAUGUGCCAGUCGAAAGGAGAAAACUUUAUAGUGAGCCGUGGUUCUCAGUUUGUGGAUGGAACUCGCUGUGAGUCAGACAACCCGCCUCCCUUUGGCUCCACAGCUGCUUGCCUACGAGGAGAAUGCCAGGUCUUUGGCUGUGACGGUGUGCUCGACUCUGGAAAAUUGGCGGAUGUGUGUGGGGUGUGCGGGGGAGAUGGAUCAUCUUGUACUUUGACCUCUGAUUCUUACUCUGGUGGUCAGACCAAGGAAUACACCACUUUUCUGUCUCUACCUAUAAAUGCGACACAGGUUCAUAUUAUAAACAGGGCUCCUCUGUUCACUCAUCUUGCUGUAAUGGUUCAGGAUCAGUACAUUGUAUCUGGAUUGGGUAUCAUGGCUUUGAACAUGACACACCCAUCCCCGCUGGAUGAUCACCACCUCGAGUAUCGUCUCCAUCUCACCCCUGACCUUUUACCACUGAUGGAGGAGCUGCUGCUGCCUGGACCAGUGCAACAGGAGAUAACUAUACAGGUCUACCGCAAAUAUGGGAAAGAAUAUGGUGAAAAAACAAAUCCAAAUAUUACCUACCAGUUCUAUGUACCAACUGAAAAUAGUGACUUGACAGCCACCACACCUAAGGGUAAAUGGGUGGACUUCACAACACCCUGUUCGGUCUCUUGUGGAUCAGGUGUGCAAAAACAUGAACAUGUCUGUAUGGAUGUAGACACCGAUGACCAUUUGAAAGAGGAAUAUUGUGAAGCGACCCCACCCCCCACUGCACUCUAUACAACCUGCCAACUCCCACCAUGCCCCCCCAGGUGGGAAACAGGGGAGUUUGGACCCUGUAAUGCAUCAUGUGGUGGAGGAGAGCGAGUACGUCCUCUUAGAUGUGUUCAGAAUCUUGGAACUGAUAUUGUGACAGUUACCAAUUCUGAAUGUCCAAAUGAUUCAACCCCACAUACUGUUGAAAAAUGUAAUACACACCACUGUCCUGCCAGAUGGCAUGCCUCAGAGCCAGGGGAAUGUUCAGCAGUGUGUGGGCCAGGAGAGGCAAAACGCACUGUCUCUUGUGUCCGGCAAGAAGCUGGCAAGGAUGUUGAAGUGGAUCACAGCUUCUGUUCAAAGCAGAUGAAACCACCUGAUUCAGUGCCCUGUGUGGUAACUGUCUGUCCCAUCGGGUGGGAAUCUAAAGGGCAGGAUGAGCCUAUAGUAAAGACUGGCUUGUUGCCACGAUCUAGACAAUCUCCUGUGUAUGUGUGGAGCCCUGUUAUCAGCCCAUGCUCAAAGACCUGUGGCAAUGGAACCCUGCAGGUGUGGUUUUCCUGUGUGGACCACCAGACCAGACUGGGUGUGUCUGACUUCCACUGUGAUGCUUCUACCAGACCUCUUCCUUAUUCUGAGAUUUGCAGCACAUCUGUGUGUCCUCCCAUGUGGCGCUCUAAGCAAGGAGUCUGCAGUGUAACAUGUGGAGGAGGGGUGGCCAACAGGGUGCUGUACUGCGCUAGAGAAAUAGAAGGGGAGGAGGUGGUAGUAGACGAUAUAGAAUGCCAAGACUUUCCUAAACCAGCAGCAGUGGUGACAUGUAACACCCAAAGCUGCCCAGCAAGGUGGAAAGUUCUGAGGACGUUGCCAUGCUCAGUGUCCUGUGGCUUGGGUGUAGCUCAGAGAACUGUAUCUUGUGUCCAGUUUGUCAAUGGAAAGGAGAGUGUGGUUUUAGAGGAAAACUGCCUUGCAGCUGUCAAACCGGCCAUCACAGUGCCCUGUCUGGUGCAGGUCUGCACCUUCAGAUGGGAGGUGACACCGUGGAGCCAGUGUUCGGUACCCUGUGGAUAUGGGAUCCAGUCCAGAGCAGUGUCAUGCAUGGGGCCCUCAAAGCCUGAGCCUCUCAGCCCCCUGUUUUGUAUGCACAUGCCUAAACCCAUCACCAUCCAGGGCUGCAACAUGGAGAGCUGCAGAGAUGUGUCACCCACCUCAGUCACCCCCAGCAUCACCACUGCAGCACCUUCUCACCUCACAGAGGGACCGCUGCUAUCCCCAGCUGUGAGCGUCAAAGACACGCCACAUCAUCCCACAGACAUUAUUCAUCCGAGGCCAACAGAGGGAGUCAUUAUUCCAGAGAAGGCAGUUACCACCCAAGCACCUAAAACCAGUGUGUGUGGACAGCUUCUGUUGGAAGAAUCAGGCACGGUGGACCUUAAAAAUGUGACUGGUCGCUGUACAGUAUCAAUAGGUCGACCCCUGGAUGAAGUGAUUCACAUUCAAGUGGAAUCAAGUGCCUUGAACUGCAAAAAAAAGGAAUAUGUGGCAUUUUUUGAUCGACUGGUAUUUGUGAGGAAGUGUGAGCACGCAACUGAUAGCGAACUGACCACCAGAACCAAUGUCCUGCUGGUGCGUCAGAAUCUGGUGACUGCUGGAAAUGGGGUGGUGCUAAAAUACAGCUCCCAGAAAAACACAAAGAAGAGCCACCAUCAGGAUUGUGACAUUCAACUGUUUUCCCCCAAUGGUGUCUUUGAGAAUCCAACAACCUCCAACACCAAUCACACCUGCAGAGUUCUCAUCAACGCUCCUCCAUCAGUGAAAAUCAAAAUCCAAGCUCUUCAUAUAGGAAUAGUAUUCAAUGCCACCAACUCUGAGUCUACAUUCAUUAUGAUCCGGGACAUGGAUGUCUUGAAGACCAAUGUGUUUAAAGGCCAACAGCUGUUCCUGUGGCACUCCUCUGGAAACAUGGCUGAGAUUGAAUUUCAUGGCGACUAUCUGCAUUCCGAAGGGAGCUUUAGAGCCGAAUAUUCAUUUAUUUAUCGCUGACCCUAGAUACAUUUUUUUAAGGUGGUCAGAACGUGUAAUA